AUGGCCACCCACCUCGCCGCCGUCUCCCUCGCAAAAGGCGAGCGUUUCGAGGUCCAACCCCGUCCCACACCAAAGCCAGGCCCAGAUGAGCUCCUUAUCGAGGUCAAAUCCGUAGCUCUCAACCCAGCAGACUGCUACAUGCGUGAUCAAGGCCUCUUCAUACCCACCUACCCCACGGUCACUGGCUUCGACAUCUCGGGGCUAGUCCUCGAGAUUGGCGACAACGUCCCCGUCGGUGCUAACGAUGAAAGCGCGGGGCCAUUUUUCCGACCAGGGAUCACCCGCGUGGCCGCCUAUGCCGCUUCCCACGCCAUGCCUCUUCCGGAUGAGAGUAUUUCUUGGAACCAAGCGGCAACCUUGCCCGUCGCCGUUGAAGUACCCCUUAACGCGUGGGAUGUUAUGGGGAUUCCACGGGUGGGAGAAGCCACUGCUUCGUCUUCGGUUUCUGCUGCCCCAGUCGGCACCGAUACCAGUGGAGGGACUCAGAGAAAUAACAAACAAAAGAAAGACAUCCUGUUGAUCUGGGGCGCUUCGUCUAGCGUGGGCACGAUGGGCGUGCAAAGCGCCCGGCUGCUGCGUGAAGAUCUCAACUCUUCUUUCGCCGCUGUUUACGCCACGGCCGGUGCGGCAAAUCAGAAGUAUGUAGCAUCCCUAGGCGCGGAUCGCGUCUUCGAUUACAACGAGCCGCAGGUUGUGGAUGCAAUUGUUUCGGCGGCCAGGGACGAUGGCCUAGUGAUUCGGCACUGUUUUCUUGCCACGGGGCAGCUGACGCCGUGUCAGGCCGUGCUGAAGGCUUUCUUAAGGGAUGAUGAAGGAGAAAACCAGAAGGCGAAGAUCGCGUCGGCGCCAGUUAUUCCUCCGGAUGCGGACGAGGUGAACGGAGUGGAAACCAUCUUUGUGCUGCCAUCAGCGGACGAAGGAGAGAGGUUGGCUCAAUUCCAAUAUUGGGUGGGGACGUGGCCGAGGGAGAAGCUGGCGAAUGGGACCAUUAGGCCGAGUCCGGAGCCCAGGGUUGUGGGAAAGGGUUUGGGGGCUAUCAAUGCCGGGCUGGAUGUGCUACUCCGCAGGGUGAGUUGCACUAAGCUGGUUGUUGAGGUUGCGGAGUGA